AUGGAACAAACUGCCAUUCAAUCCAAUAGAAGCAAUAACCAGCGGCAACAAGUUCCCAACAGUGAAACACUGAGAAUUUUCAGACGAAAUCGCGCAUCUACUAUUACCACGGAGCAAAGAAGAAAUAACGUCGUUCCAUUUAAUCCACUAACAGCACUCAGCCAAUAUGGCACCCCGAGGCGUGGUCGUCGAAAUGGCCAACAUCAACAACGAGCAGUUGGUCGUCCAACAGCUAACUUGUCUGUUACACUAAUUUACGUGAGAGCUGACUUGAGCGUACAUCAGCAAAUCCCACCUCCGAGAGUUCGAAGUCUAGAUAACGCAGAUAUAAUUCCGAAUGUCAUAUUUAACUCAAGUGAUGGACCACAAGAAAUUGACGGCAUAAUAAGGACUGCAUUGCCACAAUUGGGUGAAGAUAAUUGGCUUCUUUUAAAAUAUUCGAACGAAAUUGAAGAACAAAGACGAAGAUUGUUUUUGCAGAUCGCAAAUAACAAUGGCUCUUAUACGUUUAGUGAUCUUCGAAGUGCCGCAACAACGCAUCACCCUAGAAAAUUAUAUAUCGCGAGAGCUCCUACUGCAAGUAAUGACAAUAUGCAAUCUCCUGUCCUUUCAACAUCACCUGCAUCGCCUGCUUUGUCUCCAUCAGCACCCACAAUCACAUCAUCACCGACUUUCCAACCUCUGCCAGAAUUAUCUCCCCAAUCAUCCACUACACCUUUGACAUAUGCAGCAAUAUCUGUGAACAUGAGCGAUACGCGUUUGGCAAUCUGCAGGUUGUUAAGUAUAGCGGAUAAUCAACAGGCGCAUAUCACAAUCCGCAACCGCAGUUGUAUAAUCGACGAUUUAUUAAGUUGGGCUGGUAGUGCAAGAGUUGAGGAUAUGCUGUCGACGCCGGUUAUUUCACUACAGAAUGAACAAGCUGUGGACAUUGGAGGGGUAUUGCGUGACGUUGUUGAAAGCUUUUGGGAGCAGAUUAGGGAGUGGGAAUUUCCAAUUAUUGGCUUACUUUUUACAAACAGUACACUUACCCAUAAGAUGCGUGCAGCAUUGGCGCAAGAGACCGUAUUAGUGGGUAGACUAUUAUGGUGGUCCAUCAUUCACGAUAUUGCUUAUCCAAAAUGGCUUGCUGCAUAUGUUUUAGACUGGCUUUUUGGGGUAGAGAUAAAUUUUAUGGAGGCAUUAGAGUGCAUUUCCGAACCCCUAUGGACACUCUGUAGCGAAUUAGACAGGCUCAGCUUGCAGGAAUGGGAGACAUAUGAAUUUUCAGCGGCGUUGCUGGCCUUUGCGGAACAGAACGAUAUAACUCCACGGCAACUAAGAGAAGACUCUCCGCAAGAAAUAGCCAAUUUUAUUAGAUUGUCGGCAGUUAUAUUAUCUCGGAGAUGCACAUUAGAGAAAUUUAAGGAGGGUUUUGAUGUUGACUUUGGGCAUGGCGCUAGAGGGGUCCAGGUAUUGCGAGAGUCAGGGUAUGCGCACUUGCGUGGCUACCUUUAUCAAGAGCUCGAAAACAAUGUCCAGCUCAUUGCGCAGUUUGACUGGACAGCUCGGGGUAUAGAAAAUGAAACGAUCCCUCUGUGGUUCCACGAAUAUCUUACCAAUGUGCAGACAAAGCAAUUGCGAAAGAAAAUAAUACGAUUCUGCACCGGUAGUUACCGAGUGCCUGUUGAGCGCAAGAUUACAAUAAAAAUUGUCGCAGCCGACACAAAUCUCAGUUCAGCAUACAGUCGGUUGCCAAGAGCGUCAUCGUGUUUAAAAGAGAUUUGGCUUUGCCAUGAAUACGAUGCUGCGUCAGAAAUUUGUGGGAAAGAGUUCGAUCCCGAUUUUGAGAAUGACUUGAUGGUGUGA